UAUAAUUCUACUGAUCUGUUUCCUAAAUGCAGGUAGAAAAACAAAACUUCCUUUCCUAAUCUGCAGAGGAAAUCACAGAAUUAUGCCUCUCUCUCUCUUUUUUUCCCCCUCUCUGUUCUCUAUUAAACUAGAGAAGAAAUGAAGUCUCUCCAAGAGGCCCUUCAAAAUCAACUUAAAGAAACAUCUGAGAAAGCAGAAAAACACCAGGCUACUAUUAAUUUUUUAAAGACUGAGAUGGAAAGAAAGAGCAAAAUGAUCCGAGAUCUUCAGAAUGAGAAUAAAAGUUUGAAAAACAAACUCUUGUCAGGAAGCAAGCUGUGUGGUAUCCAUGCAGAAGAGUCAAAAAAAAUCCAAGCCCAGCUGAAGGAGCUUCGUUAUGGGAAGAAGGAUUUACUAUUUAAGGCCCAACAGCUUACUGAUCUGGAGCAAAAAUUGGCUGUAGCCAAAAAUGAGUUGGAAAAAGCAGCCCUCGAUAGGGAGUCACAGAUGAAAGCAAUGAAAGAGACAGUGCAGCUUUGCCUGACCUCUGUUUUCCGUGAUCAACCUCCCCCUUUGAGUCUAAUCACGUCAAAUCCAACUCAGAUGGUACUUCCACCCAGGACAAUUGACUCUAAGAUUCCAGACUCAGUGACAAAAAACAAGCCUCAACAAAUUGUUCCUGGAAGCAACGAGAGCUCUCAAGUUGAGUCAAAAAAGCAAGAAAAUCCAAGCACUACUGAGUUUGAUUCUCAAAAUGAGGGCAAGGCCUGCUCAAUGAACCACAAAGCAUGUCCCUCAAGCAACACCACUGCAGAAUCAGAGCCUGCCUCACAGAAAUUACAAAUGUCUCCUUGUUCUGAAUGUGAGGUGAAAAAAUCAACAGAAAAAAAAAUGACUGCCUUUGAAGAGAUGGCAACUAGAGAAGAAACAAUACUGUAA